UACUACGCUAUCCACGACCCAAUUCGAUACGCUCAGAAGCGAACGUUGAAGCGUGUGCUGACAAGCAUCAUCAUCGUCUGGUUCGUCAGUGCUGUCAUCUCCAUGCCUCCACUCCUCACUUGGUUCGCACCGAAACAUCGCAUGUCCUUGUACAGCAGUGUUGACCUGACAUGCGAACUCAUUGACGAUCCAAGUUACGUCAUCUACAGUGCAUCUGGAUCAUUCUUCAUUCCACUCAUCAUCAUGAUCUUCGUUUACGUCAACGUCUACCUGGCUACGAAGAGCCGCUUAAGGAGGAGAGCCAAAAUGGGUAAGAAACUUCUUCUCACUAAUGUGUUUGAAGUCAAUAACAGCACAGCCAGCAGCAGCAAGAGGAAAGAGAGCAAGAACGUCAACAUAACCUCUUAUCUUAAUCAUUGCAGGAUUAACGUGUCAUGCGCAGACGAUAUGAAAAAUCUAGGUGACAACAAAAUUGAUGACGUCUUGAAUGAAAACAAAAACAAUAAAAACAACAAAAAAGUUUAUAAUAAUAAUAGAUUCGGAGGCAUGACGACUCUGAGCAAAUUUCUGGAAGAGAAGCAACGCAUCAGCUUAUCACUGGAACGCAGGGCAGCGCGUACAAUGGCGAUCAUCAUGGGAGCAUUUGUUUUUUGCUGGCUGCCCUUUUUCGUUUAUUACAUCGUUGGUCCUUUAUGUCCCCAGUGCUACCAGAGUAACACGCUGAUGAGUUUCUUCGUCUGGUUGGGCUACAUCAACUCCACCAUCAACCCGGUCAUAUACACAGUAUUCAACAUUGAUUUUAGAAGAUCUUUUAAAAAUAUUUUGACUGGAAAAUGCAGAAAUUAA